CGAGCCGAGUCCAGCAGGUCCCGAGUCCAGUCGAGCCGAGUCCAGCGGCCCCGAGUCCAGCGCUGGAGCCGAGUCGAGUCCGUUGGAGCUGAUGCCGCAGCUUGUGGCCUGCGGUCAGUCGCGGCCACUGGAUUAACCGGACGUUUGCCCCUUGCCCCGGCCUCUCUUCGCCACCUCUUUUCACCCUCCCCUCCCCUCAACCGCGAAGUGGACAGGAAUGAAAGUGGAUUCCGUAGGCUUGAAGUCUGGAGUAGACAGUGAAAUUGUUGGCUGUUGAAGAAUUUACCCGAAGCGCAAACGUAACCGAUGCAUAAAGAAAGUUGGAAGAAGUCGAUGUGAAGAUUGACAUUUUUCGGACCCAUCUGUGGGUAUCGGCUGCGUCAGCGUUUAUUAUGGCCAAGGUUGCUGGUGGCGGAGGAAGUGCUGACCACACAAGUCCUGUAAAUGAGUUUGGUGAUAUCAUCAGAUGGAGAUCAGAUGAGCAUGACGCUGUACAGAAGAAAACGUUCACAAAAUGGAUUAAUAUGCGCUUUGUAAAGAAUGGAAAACCACCCAUCAAGGAUUUAUUUGAUGACCUCCAAGAUGGCCGAAAACUCUUGGAUCUUCUGGAAGGGCUCACAGGACACGUGUUUACCAAAGAACGUGGUACGACCAGAGUACAUGCCCUCAACAAUGUCAACAGAGUUCUGCAUGUUCUGCAGCAGAAUAAUGUGGAGCUGGUAAAUAUAGGUGGCAUUGAUAUUGUAGAUGGAAACCGUAAACUAACCCUUGGGCUUAUUUGGAACAUCAUUCUUCAUUGGCAGGUCAAGGAUAUAAUGAAAGCUAUAAUGUCAGAUCUGCAGCAGACAAACAGUGAGAAGAUUUUGCUGAGCUGGGUUCGUCAAUCUACUCAGUCCUACAAACAAGUCAAUGUCCUAAAUUUUACAAAAAGUUGGGCUGAUGGACUUGCUUUCAAUGCCAUUCUUCAUCGGCACAAACCUGGUUUGUUCAGUUGGGAUAAAGUUACCAGGAUGUCUGUGGUGGAACGGCUUGAACAUGCUUUUAGGGUAGCUAAAAAACAUCUGGGGAUAGAGAUGCUGCUCGAUCCUGAAGAUGUUGCUGUUGCGUUGCCUGACAAGAAAUCCAUCAUUAUGUAUGUGACAUCUUUAUUUGAGGUGCUCCCUCAACAAGUCACCAUGGCAGCCAUCCAUGAAGUGGAGACUCUGCCUCGACACUACAAAGUGGAAUGCACCGAGGAUCCGUCAUCCCAUCAGCUGGAUGUGACACCGGAAAUGGAAGCAUUGAAUUCCAGGGCUGAAACGCCCAGCACAGUGGACUUGGACAGUUACCAGGCAGUUCUGGAGGAGGUCUUGACGUGGCUCUUGUCAGCUGAGGAUACUCUUCAAAUGCAAGAUGACAUCUCCUCUGAUGUUGAGGAGGUGAAGGAGCAAUUUCACAUCCAUGAGACAUUUAUGAUGGAGUUGACUGCUCACCAGAGUAACGUGGGCAGUGUACUUCAGGCUGGGAAUCAACUCAUUGCACAGGCCAAUCUAACAGAAGAGGAGGAAGAUGAGAUCAGAGAGCAGAUGACUUUGCUCAAUUCUAGAUGGGAAGCGCUGAGAGUUGAAAGCAUGGACAGACAAGCCAAGCUUCAUGAGGUACUAAUGGAACUGCAACAGCAGCAGCUGCAACAGCUGUCAAAAUGGCUGACUCAGACAGAAGAGCGUAUUCAAAAGAUGGACACACAGCCUGUCGGAGAUGAGCUGGAGUCCUUGAAAGAUAAGAUUGAGGAACAUAAAGUAUUACAAAGUGACUUGGAGUCUGAGCAGGUGAAGGUGAACUCUCUGACCCACAUGGUGGUGGUGGUGGAUGAGAACAGUGGUGAUGGUGCAACAGCUUUACUGGAAGACAAACUACAGUCACUGGGUGUGCGCUGGGCUGCAGUUUGUCGUUGGACUGAAGAGCGAUGGCAAUUGCUACAGAAUCUCUUCACUAGGUGGCAGCAACUGUCGGACGACCAGCUGUGUCUUGAGACUUGGCUCAGUGAGAAGGAAAAUACGUUCACUGACCUCCAUACCAGAAGUAUCAAGGGUUCAUGCGAAACUGAAGUAAAUAUCCAAAGACUAGAAGAAGAUUUGGAAAAGAAGCGUUCAACAUUGGACCAGUUGGUUAACGAUGGCCAAGAUUUAAUAGAAUUACUCAGUAACAGGAAUUCAUCAAAGAAAAUUGAAGGCAAUCUGAAAGAAUUAAGACAAAGGUGGGAAAGUUUAGCGCAACAACUACAAGGUUGCUCCAAACAGUUGUCAGAGUCUGGAACAACCCAGGCCUUGGGAAUGAUCGUCACAGAGCGCACAGUUGAGAAGAAGCGUUCAGCUCCUCCGCCUCCGUCCAGGAAAAGACAUCUGCGAGUGGAUGUGGAAUCCAGAAAUAAGUUCAUUGCAGAUGCCAGUGAGCUUCUGAGCUGUAUCAGCAAAUCCAAGUAUGAGAUUCAAGCCAUGAUGUUCAAUCAUUUCACCAGGACGAAGGAUAUUUCUGACAUGAAGGACAGAACAAAGACAUUGGAAAAAGAAAAGGCUGUAAACGAGAGGCAAUUGAAGGAAAUAAGACAAAAAGGACAGGCCUUGCUUGACGCAAUGGAGAAAGAAGGGCUGUCAACAGAGGAAGUAAUCCAUGUCCUGGACAAGCUGUCACUGGAGUGGAACACCAAUAACCAGCAAACGGAGAGGCUGAGAUGUAAGAUCCAAUAUCAAGAGAACAUAAAUCAUAUUUAUGAAGAGUUACAAGAGCUUGAAAAGAUGAUAAAACGCGAAGAAGACUGGCUGAAGAGUGUGGCUAGUGAUAAAAUGAACGAAUCCUGCCAGGAUGAAAUCAACCGGCUGCUUGAUGUGACUCCAUAUUUGGAGAAAGUACUGGCUCAUGGGGAAGUGCUCAACAGUGAACCUGAAGCUCCAAACUUCCUCCAGGAGGACCUUAAUAACAUAAACAAUCGAUACAGAUCAAUUCUCCAGAAACUACUCAGCAAGCGACAAAAGCCAGCAGGAUUGGACUGUCCUCAAAACAUUGAUGCUCUAAAGACCUUAAAAACGGUACUGGAUCGAUCCGAAGCCCAAGUUAAACGAGACUGGAGUGCAAUUGCUAAUCUGGAAGCAGCUCAGAAUGCAUUAAAGCACACAGAGGCUUUGCAAAAGGAAUUGAAAACCCAUCAACCAGAAAUUGACAGACUGCUUUCAGGGUUGGAAAGGAAGGAAGAAGAGACGGUAACAUCUAAAAAGACCUAUGACAUGGAAUUGGAAGGAAUUCAAGUACGAUGGAAAACCCUAAUAGCUCAGCUUCAGAAUGAUAACCAGGUGUUGGAGGAUGUGAUAUCAAAACUACAGCAAUUUAAGAAAAAAUCAGAUGCCUUGGAAAAGUGGAUGGAUUGUGUUGAGACUUUCAUGUCCAACGAGACAGUUUCUUCAGACAUUCCAGCAGAACUCCAGCAGCAGGGGGGAAAGUACAAGACAUUCGUGGAUGAAAUUGAGAAUAUUCAGUCCAAUUUGACUUCAAUGAAUGAAAUUCAGGACUGGCUGAAAGAGGUGCCAGUGCCAGCCAUCUCCAAUGCUGUGUCAACUCGUCUGACAGACAUCUGGACACGAUGGAAGACAGUGAAGAACCAGGUUACGUCUCAACAGCUGAGGUUGUCUGAGGGUCAGACGAAGACAUUAAACUUAAGGAAAGAUCUUGUGGAGAUGUGUGAGUGGACGACACAGGCAGAAGAGGAUUAUUUAGAGAGGGACUUUGAAUACAAGUCACCUGGGGAAUUGGAGACUGCGUUGGAGGAGAUGAAGCGAGCCAAGGAGGAGGUGCUGCAGAAGGAAGUACGAGUUAAGAUACUGAAAGACAAUAUAAAUACUAUUCUCAAGAAAAUGCCACCUGCCGAUCAGGAAUUGAUGAACAGGGACCUUCAUGCUGUGUUGGAAAAUUACAAGAAGCUUUGCGAUCGGAUUGAAAGAAAAUAUUUGACUUUAAAGGAAGUAUGGUCUUGCUGGUGUGAGUUGCUUCAUUACUUAGACUUGGAAAACAAUUGGUUAAAUAAUUUGGAGGAGAAGUUGAGAACGGCAGAGAAUGUUUCGGACAACACCAAAGCCGUUAAUGAGGCCCUCGAGUCCCUCGAGUCUGUGCUGCGCCAUCCAGCUGAUAACCGAACACAGAUACGUGAACUGGGCCAAACACUGAUUGAUGGUGGAGUUUUGGAUGAACUUAUAAGUGAAAAGCUGGAGGUAUUCAAUGCUCGAUACGACGAGUUGAGUCACCAGGCGGUGAGCAAGCAGAUCUCCCUGGAGCAGCGUUCACAAAUGCUUCAAGAAAAUGAACAUAGAAUGCAUGACCUGCAGGAGUCACUUGGACAACUCGAUAAGCAGUUAACUUCAUAUCUGACCGAUCGUAUAGAUGCCUUGCAGAUGCCACAGGAAGCUCAGAAAAUUCAGGCGAAUAUUGCAGCCCAUGAGACCAGCUUGGAAGAGUUGAAGACCAGUAAUGUGGGAAGCCUUCCAUUAGUAGAUAACAGGCCUUAUACUCGAGGUGGCACUCAGUUGGAUUUACUUCAGAGGAAACUUCGGGAAGUGUCAACAAAGUUCCAGCUUUUCCAGAAGCCAGCAAAUUUUGAGCAGCGUAUGCUCGACUGCAAGCGUGUUUUGAACAGUGUUAAAGCUGAUUUGCAUGUGCUGGAUUUGCAAACCGUCGAGCCUGAGGGAAUAGAAUCGCAGUUGGACAAUUGUAUGAAACUGUACAAAACUCUGAGUGAGGUGAAACUUGAGGUGGAGACAGUGAUAAAGACUGGAAGGCAGAUCGUUCAGAAACAGCAGUCGGACAAUCCCAAACAGAUGGAUGAGCAGCUGACGGUCCUGAAGCUCCUGUACAAUGACCUGGGUGCUCAGGUCACUGAAGGGAAGCAGGACCUAGAGAAGGCCUUGCAACUCUCCCGCAAGUGGACGAAUGAGACCACGUCGUUGUCAGAGUGGUUGGCUGCAAGAGAAGGUGAAGUGAAGCUUAAAUCAUCUCGGGGACCAACGUCUGAUAACUUAGAUACUGAAAUCAAAUCGAUUAAUCUAAUUCUGAAAGACUUGGAGGCAAAGCGAAGUGAACUCGGUGGCAUUACUGAAAGUAGUGCUGGCCUGCAAGGUUUGGUAGAAGGCAGUGAGCAGUUUCUAGAGGAUAACCUGGGUGCAUUGAACACAAGCUGGAACAGAGUCCACACUCUGGCACAGAGUUGGCGUACCAGACUAUUGGAUCACCAUCAUCAGCUGGAAGAUUUGAAUCGGAAUGUUGCCCACAUAAGCACCUGGCUGUAUGAAACUGAAAUUCUGCUUGAUGAGAUUGAUAAGAAGUCAGAUGUUGAAAAGGAUGAAAUACUUCAGUGUUUUCAGUCUGAACUGGACGGAAUCACCUUGCAAGUUGACGAUGUACACGACCAAGCUAUUUUACUCAUGAACAAUAAUGGUCCUUCGUGCCGGGAAGUGGUGGAGCCAAAACUCGUUGAACUAAACCGUAACGUGGAGAGUGUUUCUCAGCACAUCAAGGAAGCAAGGUUGACCCAGAAAGAGCAACGAGGAGAGCAUCCAGCUGGGUGGCACCAGUAUAAAAGAGAGGAAAGUGAAUUUCUGGAAUACUUGGAUGACAUUGAACAAAAACUGGUGGAUUGUGGCUCAGAAGAUGAACAAUUUAAGGAAUUAAUCCAAGAAAUGGAGCAGCGAAGGGAGGACUUUCUUGCCUUAAAAAUGAAGGGCCAUAGUCUGGGAUUAUAUUGUACCAUCCCAGGAAAGGAUAACGUCAGUAUGGAUGAGCGCUGGCAACAAAUCGAGGCCCGGCUUUCGUCUUACCAGCCAGUACACGAGGACCGAGUUAUUGCUGACCAUUGCACCACAAGUGAAGGGAUGAUGACACAGUAUUUCCCAUCAGAUUAUAUUCUGGAUAUUAACAAGGCUCUGUUGGCUCUGGCAGACGUUGAGCUACUCCUCAAUGCACCAGAAUUAAACAAUGGAAAAUACGAGGACUUUUCAAGCCAGGAAGACUCCCUAAAGCAAAUAACAGACACUCUUGAGAAACUCGGAGAGCAAAUUGAGGAUAUACACGAGAAUCAGCCUGAUGCCUUCCUUGAAGCUUCUGCCGCGGAGGUCAUACAAAUUGGUGAUACGCUGACACAGCUCCACGCAGAAUGGGACAGAGUGAACAGAAUGCACAAUGAUCGCAAAAGCUGCUUUGAUAAGGCUGUGGAAGAGUGGCGGCAGUUUCACUGUGACUUGAAAGACUUGAAUCAGUGGGUGGUGGAAGCUGAGAAGUUACUGGCACAUGCUGGAGGCCAAACCAGCAACCUGGAUUUGGAACAAUGGAAAGAUCACCAACUGGAGUUGGAAGAGGGUCUGAAUAGUCAUCAGACUGUGUACAUGGCACUGAAUGUCACUGGCACAGAUAUUAUACGCCAUCUUUCAACAGCAGAUGGCGCUCUCCUGCAGGAGAAACUCUACAAAUUAAAUAAACGUUGGCGGGCAAUUUCCGUGGAUGUCAAAGACAGACAUGAAAGGCUACAAGGAGAAAGACAGCAAUAUUCUGAUUUAUGGAAUCAACUGGAUGACUUCAGUAUGUGGUUAGACAAGGUGCAGAACUCCUUAAGGGCAGUGCAGUCUCCACCAGCAGAGCAUGAAUUGAAGGAAUUAAAGAUCCAUGCAACAGAUUUGGAGUUUCGCGGCAAUGACCUGAAUACAGUGAACAGUAAUAUGCAGCGUCUGCUCUCUGAUAAAAGCCUCAGUGUGCAAGAGAAGGAUGAGCUUUCUGCAAAACUUCAAACUAUUAAUUCAACUUGGAGUAAGGUGUCCAAUGAAUUGCUGGUGAAAAUGAAUGAUAUACAAACUCAACAUCAAGAUUAUAUCCACUUCAAAGAAAACUUGGAGCAACUGGCCAAUUUGGCAGCAAUUCGCAGGCAGCAGUUAGGUCCCAGAAUAGCAUCAGCUGGAACAAAACAACUUCAGUUGUUAGAAGCUGUCGUGAAAGAGCAUCGAAUGGGAAUUGAAAAAACACUUGCUAAAGCUGUCGAGUUGGACAGGAAAGGCCAUUUGAACCCUGAAGAAAAGAGGAAGGUGGCACAGCUGUCUGUUGACUGGAGAACUCUAAACACUGCGUUAAAAGAUUCGAGUCCACAAACGCCUCUGGGAUGGAGCCAAGAGACCUCACACCCGAAGAUUACAGUUCACUCAACGGUUCAAACGGUCACCCUGGUGUCAGCAGCCCCUCCAUCCCCUGCGUGCAGUCAGACACUUGUGCACGAAACCUUCUCUCCAGAUCCUGAAUUUCUGAUGACGGCCGAUCUGGAUAAGUCUACAAUGCAGAUGAUUGAUUGGUUGACACUUAUUGAUCAAAUGAUCAAGUCCAGCAUAAUUACAGUUGGUGAUCUCGAGGAGAUUCAUGAAACCAUCGUUCGCCUGAAGACCACCAAGAAUGAGCUGGAGCAGCAGCGUCCCCGGCUAGAUGCUAUUUUCACUCUUGCCCAGAACCUGAAGAAUAAAACAGCCGACUUGGAGGAACGAACUGCGAUCACUGAGCGAUUGGUAAGGGUUCAGAACCAGUGGGAUAGCACGCAUCAAAGAUUAGAGGCACGGCAGAUACAGCUGGAGAAACUGCUUGGUGAUAGCAUGCAGUGGGAGGAAGAAUGGCAGGCAGCUGAACGACUGGUUGGCCAGAGUGACAUUCGCCUGCAGUCCCUGCUGCAAGUUACAUCAGAUCCCUUUGAUCCACAGCUCGCAGAAAGCAAGCUCUUCUUACAGGAGUUACAUAAAGGGCAAACUACACUGACUUCUUUCAAUAAUCUCUCCAACCACUUGCUGAAUGAUUACGCAGCGGAUGAUACUCGGAAGGUGAAAGAAGAUACCGAGAAAAUCAAUAUGACCUGGGAUAAUAUUAACCGCAGAGCCAGUGAACGAGUUGGGUACCUGGAUAGUGAACUGAAACAACUGCAGAACUUACUGCAGGAUCGAGAAGACUGCUUGCAAUGGCUGCUGGAAGCCAAUGGUGCUCUUGAUGACUUGGCUAACGCAGCUGAGAAAGAAGAGACUUUAAUGGAUGGUACUGAAGUCAAGGAGCUGAAACAUCAAUUGCAUGAUAUCCAGGCUGAGAUUGAAGCUCACAAUGACAUUUUCAAGAAUAUUGAUGGCAACAGGCAAAAGAUGGUGAAGGCUCUGGGUAAUUCAGAGGAAGCUACCUUGCUCCAACAGCGACUCGAUGAUAUGAACCAGCGCUGGAGUGAUCUGAAGACAAAAUCUGUCAACAUUAGGGUUCAUUUGGAAGCGAAUGCAGAACGCUGGAAAAGGUUGCUAACAUCACUAGAAGAAUUGAACAAGUGGUUAAAUCUCAAAGAUGAAGCACUGACAAAACAGAUGCCUGUUGGAGGUGAUGUUCAGACGUUGCUGCUGCAGCGGGACCACUGUUCGGGACUCAAGCACGAGUUACUGGAUAAGGAAGACGCAAUCCUGACUGCUCUAGAUUCUGCACGAUUAUUCCUUGCAGAUCAACCUAUAGAGGGUCCCGAAGAACCACGACAUCAUUUGCACAUUAAGACUGAGCCGACCCCCGAAGAGAAAGCACAGAGGAUUGCUAAAGUGGUGCGGAAACAGUCAACAGAAGUGAAGGCCAAUUGGGAGCAGCUGAAGAUUCAUGCAAGCAGCUGGCAGAAGCAGGUAGAAACGGCCCUGGGGAAACUACAGGAACUGCAGACAGCUAUGGACGGCCUUGAAGCCCAUGUGGUAACAGCUGAAAGCGUCCGCAAUGACUGGCAACCUGUAGGAGACCUGCUUAUUGAUUCUUUGCAAGAUCACAUUGACAAAAUUACAGCUUUUAAAGAGGAAAUUGCUCCAAUGAAGCAAGAAGUCAAAACAGUAAAUGACCUGGCUGAUCAGUUAUCUCCGCCUGAUGUCACUUUAUCUCCAAAGAGUUCUAACCAGCUUGAGGACCUAAAUAUGCGGUGGAAACUGCUACAGGGUGCUGUCGAGGAUCGGAUCAAUCAGUUGCAAGAAGCAUACCGUGACUUUGGUCCAUCAUCACAACAUUUCCUCUCCACUUCUGUUCAGUUGCCGUGGCAGAGAGCUGUGUCCCACAACAACAAAGUGCCGUACUACAUCAACCACCAGAUUCAAAGCACCUGUUGGGACCAUCCAAAAAUGACAGAACUUUUCCAUUCAUUGGGUGAUUUAAAUAACGUGCGGUUUUCUGCUUACCGGACUGCUAUGAAGAUCCGCCGACUGCAAAAAGCACUGUGUUUGGAUCUGCUGGAACUGAACACAGCACAUCGUAUUUUUGAACAACAUAAACUUGUACAAAAUGAGCGGCUCCUAAAUGUGACGGAGGUGAUCAACUGUUUAACAACCAUCUAUGACGGCUUGGAACAAAACCACAAGGAUUUGGUUAAUGUGCCACUCUGUGUUGACAUGUGCUUGAACUGGCUGCUUAAUGUCUUUGAUACGGGUAGGAGUGGAAGAAUCAGAGUGUUAUCUUUAAGGUUUGGAUUGAUGUGCCUAUCCAAGGGUCUUCUGGAAGAAAAAUACAAAUACCUUUUUAAGCAACUAACGGGCCCUAUAGAUGAGUGUGACCAGCGGAGCCUAAGCCUCUUGCUGCAUGAUGCAGUGCAGAUCCCUCGCCAGCUGGGAGAAGUUGCUUCCUUUGGAGGGAGUAACAUUGAACCAAGUGUCCGCAGUUGCUUCCAAUAUGCUCAGAACAAAUCGGAGAUUAAUGCCAAACUGUUUGUGGAGUGGAUGAGAUUGGAGCCACAGUCCAUGGUGUGGCUGCCUGUUCUACACCGAGUAGCAGCUGCUGAAACAGCAAAGCAUCAGGCCAAGUGUAACAUCUGUAAAGAAUGCCCCAUCGUAGGCUUCAGAUAUCGGAGCCUCAAACACUUCAAUUAUGACAUCUGCCAAAGUUGUUUCUUUUCAGGACGGACAGCAAAGGGACAUAAAUUGUAUUACCCAAUGGUGGAAUAUUGUACCCCGACAACAUCAGGCGAAGAUGUACGUGAUUUCACCAAGGUGCUGAAAAAUAAGUUCAGGUCAAAGAAGUACUUUGCCAAACACCCCCGUCUAGGUUACCUGCCAGUACAAACGGUCCUGGAUGGGGAGAACCUUGAGAUUCCCGUCACAGUCAUCAGCAUGUGGCCCGAGCAAUAUGACCCUACACAAUCUCCACAGCUGUCCCAAGAUGACACGCAUUCCAGAAUAGAGUUCUAUGCCAACAGGCUGGCACUGAUGGAGAAAACGAAUGGCUCCUUGCUCACAGACAGUAGCUCUGCCACUGGAAGUGUUGACGAUGAACACACACUAAUUCAACAGUUCUGCCAAACACUGGGGAGCGAAUCUCCAGUGAACCAGCCUCAGAGUCCUGUACAGAUCCUCAAGUCAGUAGAGAAAGAGGAACGGAGUGAGCUGGAACACAUCAUUGCCAACCUUGAGGAGGAGCAAAGGAAUCUACAAACUGAGUAUGAAGAGUUGAAGCAGCAACAGAUUCUGAGAGGCGUCAAGGCCCUGCCGUCACCACCUUUCUCACCGACUCAACAGAACUAUCUGGAUGCUGAGCUGCUGGCCGAAGCAAAGCUUCUGCGGCAACACAAGGGAAGACUGGAGGCCAGAAUGCAGAUUCUGGAGGACCACAACAAACAACUGGAAUCACAGUUGUACCGGUUGCGAAAACUGUUGGAAGAGCCAUUAACAGAAUCAAAGCUGAACGGAGUAAAUGCUGUUUCUUCGCCUGGUUCCCUUCAGUUUGCUGAAAACAGUCAAACAAUUAACGAGGUGCUCGGCUCGGCUCACAGACAGAUGAAUUAUUGAUUCCGCCCCAAGACACAAGUACAGACCUGACGGAUGUGAUGGAGAAAAUCAACAGUUCAUUCCCUGGCUGCAGCCAUAUUGAUUCCGCAGCAACAUGUUCCCCUCACCAGAAACAUUGAGAUGACCUGCAAUGGCCAACAAG